AUGCCCAAGCCCCCCCUGGAAAGAUUCAAGAUCGGCGAGGAAGUCGUCAACCGUGACUCACGCGUCAAGGGAAAGGUGACCGACCACUGCUGGAUGCCGCAUUUACAUUCCCAUACUUACACGUACCGGUGUGAGUUCGUGACAGACGAGUUAAAAGGGCAGAAUACGGUGUGGUUGAACAUGAAGACCCCUCACUCCCGGACUUCACCCGAGUGGGACUUGGAAAAAGCUGGAGACUAA